GAGCAUUCCAAAGUCGUGGUUUCUUCUUUAUUCUAGCUACAACAAUUGGUGCCUGAACAGGGACACAAAAGAGGCCUUGGUUGAUUCGCAGAUGGGAUAUGGUGACACUGUGUCUGGGGCCCAAACUAAAGAAAGAAGCCAAAGGUGGAUUUUAACUGGAACUUAAAAGUCCUAUCUGGAAGAAGACCAAGCUCACCUGAUUCCAGCAAACAUGGAUGGAAGACCCACCUGUGACCAGUGUGGGAAGGCUUUCACCACAGCAAGGGACUUAAAAAGGCACCAACGCAUCCACACUGGAGAAAAACCAUUCAACUGUGACCAGUGUGGAAAAGCUUUUACCCAAAAGAGUAAUUUAAAAAUCCACCAACGCAUCCACAGUGGAGAAAGACCAUAUGACUGUGCCCAGUGCGGGAAGGCUUUCACCACAGCAAGGGACUUAGAAAGGCACCAACGCAUCCACAGUGGAGAAAGACCAUUUCACUGUGCCCAGUGUGGGAAGGCUUUCACCACAGCAAGGGACUUAAAAAGGCACCAACGCAUCCACACUGGAGAAAGACCAUUUCACUGUGCCCAGUGUGGGAAGGCUUUCACCACAGCAAGUAGCUUAAAAAUCCACCAACGCAUCCACACUGGAGAAAGAUUACACGACUGUGACCAGCAUGGGAAGACUUUCACCACAGCAGGUAACUUAAAAAGGCACCGACUCAUCCACACUAGAGAAAGGCCAUUCGACUGUGACCAGUGUGGGAAGACUUUCAUCAGUAUAAGUGAUUUAAAAAUCCACCAACGUAGCCACACUGGAGAAAGACCAUAUGACUGUGACCAGUGUGAAAAGACUUUCACCAUAAAGAGUCAUUUAAAAAUCCACCAACGCAUCCACACUGGAGACAGACCAUAUUGCUGUGACCAGUGUGGGAAGACUUUCAGAGCCUUGUCUGCAUUACAUUCUCACCAUCAUGUUCACCACAAGAAGAUGAUGUACCCCUGUGAUAAGUGCGCAAAGAUGUUCUGGUCAUCUUACUCUUACAAAUGUCACCAACAGACCCAUAUUGGAGAGAAUCUGGACCAAUGCUGAUUCUGUGACAGAUCUUUUAUCACAGGUUCACAAUGUACCAAACAUUUCCACAAAAGACAAAAACUGAACAAUUGUACAAAAAGUAAGACUCUAGAAACUAGUAGAAACAAUCAGUGUCAUAACACACCAGAACAGUUUGAGUGUUACAGAUGUG